UCUUUCAGUACUAUUAUCAAUGUCGAUUGUCAUAAAUUAUUAUAGCUGUAAAAUGUUAACGAUAUUUUUAUUUAUAUUUUUGCCAUUUUCAUUCUGAUGUGUAUUUAAUUGUCAACAUUUAUUAUCAAAAAAAAAAAUAUAUCAGUCGCAGAAGAAAUAUUAAUAAAAUUUGUUGGCAAAAAAAAAAAGUAAGUACAUGAUAAAGCUUUCAUUAAUAAGAGAUUUUUGGAUUAAAAAAGCAUUCUUGUAAUAAAAAUUAAUUAUGUUUGUAUAAUCAAAAUUUAAAAAUGUCAAAACAUUGCGAUAUUUGUAAUUUCGAUUUACUUGAUGAUUACGCAUAUCAAGGACACUUGUCCGGUAAAAGACAUUUAAAAAAUGUUCAACUAAUUGAUGCCACAUCAAGAUCAGUUUAUAUUUAUUGGGGAUAUAAUAAAUUUGUUCUUGAUGAUCUAUUGGCUUAUCUUUCGAGUUUCGAUAAAAUUGUAAAACACAAAUUUGGACCAUACCUCGAAUAUGGAAUCUUUCAAUUUCAAGAAAGCGAAACUGUCGAAAAGUUAUUGCACACGGAAUUAUUGUACGAAGGAACCAAAUUAGAAGUCAGGCCAAGAACAAUUACAAAAAAUAGUAGUAAUAACACUACUGCUACGAAUUCGGAGACAAAUGAAAAUACUGAGGAGAAUAGUGAAAUUAAUUUUACAAGAUUAAAACCAAUUUUCGAAGAAAACACAAAUUUCGAUGAUCAAUUGGCUUCAUUUUUAAAGGAAGUUGCUCUAAGUGAUCAUGAAAUUGAAGCAUUGUACGAACCAGUGUGCAUUCAUUUAAAUCGUUUAUUUCGACAAGUUUUUCGCAAAUGUCGAACUUAUCGAUUUGGCUCAACAGUAACUGGAUUGUGUUUUAAAAAAUGUGAUCUAGACAUAUACAUGGACAUAGGUGAAUCAAUUAGCAAUGACGAAAAUGAAAAGAAUCCAAAUAUUUUGACAUUUCGAAAAGUUUUCAUUGAGGCAAAGAAACUUUUAUUUCGAAAAAAUCAAUUUUACAGUAAAGUUAUACCAAUUCCACGUGCAAAAACGCCAAUUAUCAAAUUUUUUAAUAUACCAACAAAAACAUCGUGUGACUUGUCCUUUAGAAAUAGUUUAGGCGUACACAAUAGUCUUUUAAUAAAACACUAUUUAACAUUUGACCCACGCCUAAGACCGUUGAUGAUGCUCAUAAAAUAUUGGGCAAGACAUUGUGAUAUUUCAACGGAAACACGAGGUGGAAGAAUAACAAAUUAUGCAUUAGUAAUGCUAUUUAUAUUUUAUUUGGAACAACCAAAUGUAAAUUUGGUACCAACUGUAAUUACAUUGAAAGAUUUUUGUAAACCACAAAUUAUUGAUGGAUGGCAAGUGAAUUUUGAUAAAAAUAUUAAACAUCCCUCAAAGGAAAAUAAAAGUACAAUUCCUGAAUUACUUUAUGGAUUUUUUGAUUUUUACGCGAAUUUUGACUUUAAAGAAUUUGUCAUUUGUCCAAUUGAUGGUCAUUCAUAUUCGAAGGAGUCUUUUGAAGAUAUCGCUAAUCUACCCGAAUAUAUGGACAGUUACAAAGAAUAUAUGAAGAAUACCGAAAAUGCAUUUUCAUUUGGAGUACAAAAACCAAUGUGCAUUCAAGAUCCAAAUGAAUUAAAUCAUAAUUGUUCAGGAAACGUUACACUUUUUCUCCUUGAAGUUUUCAAAAAACAUGCCUCAACAUCUGCUGAAGUUUGUGACAAAGCUUUGAAAAAUAAUGAUACAUCUCAAUUAUUAUUAAAUCUCUUUUUAACAAUGCCAAUAAUCACAAAACCAAAUGCAAGGAAAAUUGUUAUACCAAUUUUUAUUCAAAAUUUUCUACAUAUUGAAAAAACAGACGAAAAUUCUCCAAAUAAAACAGAAAGUGAUAAAUUUAUAAAACAAGAUUUAUUUGACAUUGUUUUGGAUAUUGUGAAAAAUAUUUUUAUAAAAGUAUUUAAAAUGAAAGUUGAAAUAUCAUCUAUUGAUCGUGAACAAAAGCAGCAAAAAAUAGAAAUUAUUUCCGAUGUACAUACAAAGGAUAGUGAUAAAAUUGUCCUCGAAUGUACAGGCGAUCGUUUAUUGUGGCGUGAUAGAAAAAUUAAAUCACUUGUUCUUGAUCCAAGUUAUAGUAUACUUGAAAAAGAGGUGAUCAUUACAAAUAAAAUGCUUGAAAAAAAACAAAAUAAUAAUAAUAAUAAAAUACACAUAAAUUUUCUAUGUGUUUUUGAAAAAUAUCAAAAUCCAACAAAAGUUAUUCUUACAUUAAUCGAUAAAGAUUGUGGAAGGGCAUUUAAGGAUUUUUCAGGUUUUCUUAAGGGUAAAAUUCCCAAUAUCGUUGAAAGAACAUUAUUUCACAUGAUACAAUAUAAAAAACGUUCAAUAACAUUUGACAGAAUUGACGAAUCUAAUGAGGAGGAAAAAAAAGAAGAAUCUUAAAAAUUAUCUAUCGAUAAAUAUCAAAUAGUAACGAAAAAAAAAAUAUAUUUAAUUAAUUUGACUCUAAUUUUUAAAAACUUGUAAAAUAAAUUUUAAUUUUUCAGUUAUUUUUUAAAAUGUUUUUAAAAUUAACAGUAUUAUUUUUCUAUAUUAUUUGAGUUAUAUAUAUAAUUUAAAAAAAAUUAUGUAUAAAAUAACUGAAAAAUUACGUUAAAUUGUUUUAUCUGCGUGUAAUAAUACUUUAA